AUGGCAACAACGCUAAGCCCGUCUAUCUUCUUUGUUCAGGUCACGCUGUGUGUUCUGACUCACCACGUGCCGACCCCACCCAAGAAUGAAGUCAGCAUCUUGAACCCGCCGGCAGUGAGCAUCAACUGCACACACCCGGGAGCGCACCAUGAAACGUCACCAACACAUCCCGGUUUGAAGACGGCGCCGCCAGUGGAGGCAUAUAAAGAGGAUCGCGCCAUGGAAUUCCUCAGAGGGCACGGCGGGACCGCAAUGGCAACAACGCUAAGCCCGUCUAUCUUCUUUGUUCAGGUCACGCUGUGUGUUCUGACUCACCACGUGCCGACCCCACCCAAGAAUGAAGUCAGCAUCUUGAACCCGCCGGCAGUGAGUAUCAACUGCGCACACCCCGGAGCGCACCAUGAAACGUCACCAACACAUCACGGUUUGAAGACGGCGCCGCCAGUGGAGGCAUAUAAAGAGGAUCGCGCCAUGGAAUUCCUCAGAGGGCACGGCGGGACCGCAAUGGCAACAACGCUAAACCCGUCUAUCUUCUUGGUUCAGGUCACGGUGUGUGUUCUGACUCACCACGUGCCGACCCCACCCAAGAAUGAAGUCAGCAUCUUGAACCCGCCGGCAGUGAGCAUCAACUGCGCACACCCCGGAGCGCACCAUGAAACGUCACCAACACAUCACGGUUUGAAGACGGCGCCGCCAGUGGAGGCAUAUAAAGAGGAUCGCGCCAUGGAAUUCCUCAGAGGGCACGGCGGGACCGCAAUGGCAACAACGCUAAGCCCGUCUAUCUUCUUUGUUCAGGUUUGUGACAAACAUGCUUCUUGCUUUCGAAGCAAUUAUAGAUGUAUUGUUGUCCUGCCGUGCCCGGCCACAAUUGAGUGUCUUAUUGUGGAUGCAUGGAGUGUCAUUUUGAUCCUUCUAUCUGGAGAUGUCGAGCAAAACCCUGGGCCUCAAGGGAUAGAGGAACUGAAGGUGAUGAUGAACGCCAUGCUUACUUCGCAGAACGACCUUAAAACGCGAAUUGUUAACCUGGCGGCUUCCCAGGAAAAGCUAGAAUCAACAGUGAACGCUAGGAUGAACGAAGUUAUGACAGCUUUACAGGAGCACAAGGGAGAGAUUCGUGUGCUGCAGGGGGAAGUCACAUCCUUUAGAAAUGACCCCCAGCUCCAACAAAAGCGCCUCGACGACUUAGAAAAUAGGAGUAGACGCCGCAACCUUGUCAUUUUCGGGUUUCCUGAGCCCGACCGUGAAAACACCGAACCAUUAAGAAGCCAAAUAAUCCAGGACUUAAUAGGACAGAAGCUUGGAGUAACUGUUAGCUCGGUGGAAAGAGUCCACAGGAUAGAAAAAAAACAACCAGACAAACCGCGGCCUGUGAUAAUAAACUUCUUUGACUAUAACGAAAAACUGAAAGUACUAAAAAAUUGUAAUAAAUUAAAAGGAACUACAAUCUCAAUCAACCACGACUUUUGUAAGGGUGCACUUGCAAAAAGAAGCAAACUUUGGUCCAAAUCUGGGGACUUCAAAGCCAGAGGACGUAAGGUAGUGCUGGACUAUGAUAAACUACGGGUUGAUGACGACCUAUAUGAAUGGGACGAGCAGAAUGACUGCCUGAAGUGCAUCCGCUCUCAGGAGCGACGGAAUGACGUCGACUGACUUGAAUCGAAACAGUUACGUUUUGUACUACUAAAUGCCAGAAGUAUCGUCA